CUCUCUAGGGUUUAGUUAUCGCUGGCUCUCUGAAACUCCACGCACUAAAAUAUGGCGUCGAAAACCCUUCUCAGAAGCGGAGCUUCUCUCCUAAAUCAGAUUUCGAAAUCGCUUCUCAAUCAAACUCCACUACCGCAUCUCAAUUACCCUCAAAUCUCGCCGCAGCUAUUCCCUUCCCUCAUUAGGAUCCCGAGCUCUCCACAAUUUCCCCAAAACGACGCCGAAUCGCUCAAGAAUCUUUACACCGAAGGCUUCGUUUACCCCUGCGGCCUUCCCUCUCUCCGCUUCUUCUUACCAAAUGGAGAUGCUUCUUCCGAGGAUCCAAUGAUUUUAUUCCCCAAAAGGACAUUUCAACCUAGCAUCAUUAGACGAAAGAGGAAUCAUGGUUUUUUUGCUCGGAAGGCAACCAAGGGUGGCAGAAGAGUAAUUGCAAGAAGAAUAGCUAAGGGUAGGUUUAGGAUUACAGCUUAACGUCGUUGACUUGGAGCAAGACAUCAAAUUUAGAACUUAGUGCAGUUCAUGGUAUGAUCCAGCAAAAGAUGCUGAACUUUGUUAUCUUCAGAUAUCUUUUGAACAGGGAUGGGGAACUGGGGAUGUUUGUUGGUGCAGCAAAUGAGCAAAAUAUUGAGGCAUCUAAUAUGUAUGGAUAUUUUUAUAUUGUGGUUGUGAUUCUGGAAUGUUGAUGCAAUAAUUGUGGUUGUGUAUGGACAAAUUCGAUAGUGAUUUCAUUUUUCGGGUCUCCCUUUUCUUAUUGGACUAGACUUGUAUCAGAUGAAUGGACGAUCAUGGUGAUGUAUUGAUGUGUGAACAUUUUUCAUUUCCAAAUGAGUAGAUUAAAAGUUAAAAUUGUA